AUGCUUUUAUUAUCGUAUCACUGCAAAUUGGUUCAUGGUGGGAUAUCGCUUACAUUGGGAGUAGUUCGCAACGAAUACUGGCCCACAAAUGGAAGAAGGGCUGUACGUAGCGUGAUACGCAGUUGCUAUCGGUGUACUCGCGUUAAUCCUCGACUAUUACAACAACCAAUUGGACAAUUACCUCUUGCUAGAACUAAACCCAGUCGGCCUUUCGCAUCCACUGGAAUAGAUUUUUGUGGCCCUGUAUUUGUGAAGUCCACCAACCGCAAGACUGCUCCUACCAAAGCCUAUAUUGCCCUGUUUGUCUGCUUUAGUACAAAAGCGGUACACAUUGAGCUGGUUGGAGACCUAUCCACAGCUUCCUUUCUCUCCGCCCUGCAACGGUUCGUGGCUAGACGGGGCAAGCCCGAUAGUAUUUUUUCGGACAACGCCACACAUUUUGUCGGUGCUCGAAAUGAAUUGCAUGAUCUUUACCAAAUGCUCUCAAAUUCAAAGGAAACCGAUCGUAUCGCUACCGCUCUCGCAAAUGAAGGGAUACAAUGGAAUAUGAUUCCCCCACGCGCCCCCAACUUCGGCGGAUUAUGGGAAGCUGCGGUGAAAGUGGCAAAGAAGCAUUUGCUUCGUCAGUUAGGCAGCACUUCUCUACUGCACGAGGACUUAAUCACGAUACUAUCGCAAGUAGAAAGUGCGAUGAACUCAAGACCAUUAGUACCACUAUCGGAGGAUCCUAACGACUUCGAAGCCCUCACGCCAGGCCAUUUUUUGGUAGGUUCACAACUCCAAGUCCUACCUUACCCAGACAUGAAGGACGAUCCAGUGAACCGACUGAGAAACAGAUACCAGAUUAUCCAGCAGAAACAGCAGCAGUUUUGGUACCACUGGAAGACAGAGUACCUUAAAGAGCUCCAACGACAGGCUACCAUGCACCGGCGACCCAUUCAUCUCAAAGUCGGCCAAGUGAUGAUCCUGCAAGACAAUCUUUUACCACCAGUGCGCUGGCCACUAGUUCGCAUUUUGGAGCUGCAUCCUGGGCAGGACGGAGUGACUCGUGUGGUUACAGUGCGUACCUCAAGUGGUACAACAUUCAAGCGAGCUGUGACGAAACUUUGUCCAUUGCCUACGAUGGAUGAAGAAGAGAUGAGCAUGCAGAGUAAUACAGCAUCCAACCCGGAUGACAUCGGAUAG